AUGUCUGGUGCCAGGCUGUUACUGUUCGUACAGAGCCUGUCUCGUAGGAAACCCCUGGAGCCAGAGGGGGAGGUGUCCAACUUUAAACGAUGUCUGACUACCCUUGACCUGGUGGCUCUGGGGGUUGGCAGCACACUGGGGGCUGGCGUGUAUGUGCUGUCAGGAGAGGUGGCCAGGGCCGUAGCUGGGCCCAGUAUAAUUAUAUCUUUCCUUGUGGCAGCAAUAGCUUCCAUUUUCGCAGGGCUGUGCUAUGCUGAAUUUGGAGCGCGUGUGCCCAAGACUGGCUCUGCCUACCUGUACAGCUAUGUGACAGUGGGGGAGAUUUGGGCCUUCAUCACUGGCUGGAACUUGCUGCUGUCAUAUGUCAUAGGAACAUCAAGUGUAGCCAGGGCAUGGAGUGGGACUUUUGAUGACCUCAUUGGAAAUGCCAUUGCCAACUCUUUAGGUCAACAUGCAGCAAUGGAUAUGCCAGGCCUCGCUACUUACCCAGACUUCUUUGCUGCUGCUCUCAUCAUGCUGUUGGCAGGGAUCCUUGCAUUUGGCGUUAAAGAGUCUGCUAUUGUGAAUAAGGUUUUUACAGCAGUUAAUACAGUGGUCUUGGUGUUUGUUAUCAUCGCUGGCUUCAUCAAAGGUGACAUUGACAACUGGUACAUUAGUGAGGACACUAUCCUGAACAUAACAACAAAUGAAAACUUCACAUCGGCACUAAAUGAAACCACAAAUUACGGUGUUGGUGGCUUCUUCCCCUUUGGUGUUGAGGGAACAUUGGCAGGAGCUGCAACCUGUUUUUACGCCUUUGUUGGAUUUGACUGCAUAGCCACAACAGGGGAGGAGGUGCAGAACCCUCAGAAGUCCAUCCCUCUGGGCAUUGUAGCAUCCCUGCUGAUCUGUUUCCUGGCUUACUUUGGUGUGUCGGCAGCACUGACCCUCAUGAUGCCCUACUGCAUGCUCAGCGUCAAUAGCCCAUUACCUGUGGCCUUUACAUACAUCGGCUGGGGCCCUGCAAAGUAUGCUGUGGCUGUAGGCUCCCUCUGUGCACUUUCAACAAGUCUUCUAGGAUCCAUGUUUCCCAUGCCCCGGGUCCUCUUUGCGAUGGCCAGGGACGGGCUGCUCUUCAAGCCACUCAGUAACAUGAGUUCUCAACAAAGUCCUGUGGUAGCCACUCUAUCUUCAGGUGUUGUGGCAGCAAUCAUGGCUCUGUUAUUUGACCUGAAGGCACUUGUGGACAUGAUGUCAAUUGGAACACUCUUUGCCUACACUCUUGUAGCAAUAUGUAUUCUUAUAUUGAGGUACCAACCAGAUCUUGGUGAGGAGUCCAGUGAUAAUACAUCUGAAUCAUUUUCGAUGAUAGAGGCCCUAAACCCUCCUUCUCAGCCCAAUGCUCAAAGCUCUAAAAAUGUAUCCAUGUUCAUAGUCUUUAUCAUCCUUUUAGAAAUUACUCUGAGCGUUGCCCUAACCAAGGCUGUGGAUUCCCUGAUGAACCAGGAGUGGUGGAGCAUUUUAUUCGUCUCUGUGAUCCUUUUGAUGCUGGUCCUCACUGUUUUCAUCAUCUGGAGACAGCCUCAGAAUACAACCAAAGCUGCUUUUAUGGUUCCUUUUAUACCAGCACUUCCUAUUGUGAGUACAUUUGUCAAUGUCUAUCUGAUGGUUCAGUUGGGAGGAGAUACAUGGAUUCGCUAUGCUGUUUGGAUGGCAGUGGGGUUAUUGAUCUACUUUUGUUAUGGAGUUCAUCACAGUGUGCAAAAGCAAAGGCUGGAAAAUGCACACAAUCAGGUCAACAUACAAAGUCUUAACACAAAUAUGGAGUAA